CAUGUUGUCAGUGCGCAGUGUACACUUAUACGGGAUAUGUGAUAUGUGAUAUGUGCAUUUUAUUUAUAUUUUUCUUGUUCGUAAAUUUUAUUUAAAAAAAAGGAAAUUUUCAUUUGCUUCCUGUGACAUAAUAAUAAACAUGGAACAGGACGAAUAUAACAAUGAGUUACGAGUACACAUUGGAAAUAUCGGUGUUUGAAACGUUGAAUCUCUAAACCGAAGAGCGAGUCGCUUCAAAUAGGAUAUUACACAUUUUCAGUUUGGUGUGCCACUAUCGCGAAAAACUGUUGGAAUAACUCAUAUCAGAGAUAAACAUAGGUGCAAUAAAAUUUCACAAAAGUUUUUAAGUUUUAAGUGACUGAGAACCGCAAGCAAAUAAUUCAUUUUCGAGUGAAAAGUGAUCCAUUAAUAUUAAUACCAUAAGUGAAGCUAAAUUACUGAAGAUAAACCAAACAGAUCAGACUGAAUGUCCACGUAGACAAACGUAUAACGCAAAUUUUGUUGGUUCGGGGGAACUUAAAUAACCAAAAUUUCUGCCAUGGAGGAAAGUUUACCAACAAAGUGGACUGAAACAAAUGCAGUCGAUUGAAUUACCUGUGCAUACGGUGUAGAGACAAAACUGGAGCUAUUAUGGCGAAUAUGACAAUCAUUUCGAUUGUAGCUAAGUGUGAAAUACCUUCAAUGUCGGAAGGAGUGAUUGGUGGAACAGUGAACCAUUUUUGCCAUUGAUGGACAAUUGUUGAAAUUAAAUUUAAAAGUUUUUUUUAUUGGAAACGUUCAAAACGGAACGUGUUAAUCACGUGGAAAUUCGGUUGAUUUAGUUCGCUAAAUUUUCAAAUGAUAAUUUGCAUCGGAAACCAAGAUAUGGAUUCAAUUGGUGAAAUCAUUGAACAGCAAUCUUUGAGUGAACCACUAAUAGUUGAGACAUCAGUCGAUUCGCCAAAUAGUGCCGGUGACACUGUUGUCAUGGUGUCGGCUGGUAGCGUUGGCGGUUCAUCGAACAAUAUCAACGUCCACCAUAAUCGUCAUAACAAUAUUAAUAAUAACGGUAACAAUCACAGUCAUCAUCAAAUUCAUCAUAGUAACAAUAACCAACACCACCAUCAUCACAAUUCAUCCAAUCAUCAUCAUCAGCAAUCGCAGCAACAAAACGAUGGAAUGAGAGAGUCAGCGGUAUCAGCUGUUACAUUAGGACCACUAUCUGUAUCGACGUCGAUGAAUACCCGAUCGAGAAUCAUUGCUCACGGUCACAGUUUGGUGAAGCAGGAACAUCAUGCGAACAGUACAUCCAACACCGCUUCGAUAAAUAGAAAUAGUAUGGUUGACGUUGUCACUAGCGAACAAUUAUCACCCGAUGACUGUGAAGUCACACUACAGGAUCAUCACAGCAAACACGACACAUUAUCGGUUAUCGUUCAGCCGCAGGACGAUUCUAGGGAUUCGCAACUGAUGAGUCCCGGCAAAUUGACACCUUCUUCAGAAUUGAUCGACACGUCCGAAUUUCGCGCACUUCAUGAACCCACCUAUCAAACGUUAACAUCAGUGAACGGUCGAAUGUCGCCACCGGGAUUCAGUCCCAAUUCGUCAUACGCUACACUAACACCUCUACAACCCCUUCCACCAAUAUCAACCAUGUCCGAUAAGUUUGCUUAUGGCCACACAAGUAAUGUGACCGGUUCAUUUACGGUCAUGCAAAAUAAUGGAAUGGGCAUCAGUCUAGGACUGAAUGCGAAUUCACCGUAUUCAUACGACAAACUACCCUCAAUGGGAAUGUCACCGCCACACAAUUAUUCAUCUCCAACAAAUACGCUAACCGGAAUGGGAAUGUCUCAGCAGCCAUCACCGUUAUCACCGCAAUCAUCGUACAGUCAAAAUGGUUUACAUUCGCCACAGAAGAGUAUGUCACCAAGUGGUUACGAGUCACCGUAUGGUGGUCAUCGCGAUCUUAUUGGAAGACAGACAUUACAGCCAUCAUCACCGCAACUCAGCCCCCAAUCCGGAUCAUUACAUUCACCAAGCAAUACAAUUGGUACAAGUUUUGGUUCAACCAAUUUAUCCUCAAUAAAUGGAAUGUCAGCGAUUGCAUCGCAUACAACCGUUUGUUCACCACUUCCACACUCCACACCACCUGGCCUGGUACAAAUAUCUCAUAUGCAUCGUGAAGCUGUUGUCGUGCAAACACCGUCACCAACGCCUAUUUUAACCAUUCAGCAUACGCCCACACAAGCAGUACAACAUCAAUUAGUCUCCAAGCAAAGUCAACAUACCAAUCCGGCAACAACGAACGGCAACUCUAUGAACAGUUCGACCCCAGUUACGGUGACAUCCAUCAACGACGUGGAGGAAAUUAACACGAAAGAACUGGCACAACGGAUUAGUGCCGAAUUGAAACGGUACAGCAUACCACAAGCGAUAUUCGCCCAGAGAGUUUUAUGCCGUUCACAAGGAACAUUGUCUGAUUUGCUGAGAAAUCCGAAACCGUGGUCGAAACUAAAAUCGGGACGUGAAACGUUUCGCCGUAUGUUCAAAUGGUUACAGGAGCCAGAAUUUCAACGAAUGUCAGCCUUGCGAAUGGCAGACCAAUCUAUCCCCAUGGACAUCAACUUGUUAGAGCUUUUCCAAGAAAAUGCCGCUCAAAUACCUCAACGGGGCAAUUUCACAGGUUGUAAACGAAAGGAAGAAAUACCAGCCGAACAUCUGUCGUCGCCAAAGAAACCCCGAUUAGUCUUUACCGAUUUGCAGCGACGGACGCUUCAAGCGAUAUUUAAGGAAACGAAACGACCAUCCAAAGAAAUGCAAGUAACAAUAGCCCGACAAUUAGGACUAGAACCGACGACUGUUGGAAACUUCUUUAUGAAUGCAAGACGACGAUCAAUGGAUAAGUGGAAGGACGAAUCCGAUCCGAAAGCCGGUAAUCAUUCGAAUUCGUCACUAUCGCCGGGCGGUACACAUUCGCUGGAAUUAUGCGAUGACGAUGACAUGGACCUGGAAUUGGGUCAGGAUGGCGACUUAGAUUUGGACCACGAUCCAGAUGAUCCCGAUGACAUGUUGUGACACAAUACCCCGACGUCCUUAUCAACGAUAACAUCAAUCCAUACGCAUCUGAAUAGACACCAUCACUUACUGAACAACAAUAACAGUAACAGCCUAUCGCAUUACAUUAUGGACGACGAUGAAGAGGACGAGGACGAUGACGAUGAGCUAAUGAAUUCGCAUUCGAAUUCGAAUCAUCAUCAGCAACAGCAAAAUCACCACCAAAAUUCACAUCAUCAGCAACAGUAUCAAAAUGAGAUCAAUGCGUCAGCAACGUCGUCGUCAAAUAGUGGCAAUGUGAAUAGCGUUAGUGUGAAUAGCAAUCAUAACGGUGGAAAUGGAGGUAAUGGAGGUAAUAGUUUAUCCGACAGACAUUUGCUAUUAUUGUGAGUCUUGCCGAAAAGUACUAACCUGACAAUACGCUUAAAUGCUUAGUUCUGAUUUUAUCAUUAUCUUUAUGCGUAGUUUGUGCUUGGAAGUCAAUGAAUGUGACGAGAAAAAUGUAGAGACUGCACAUAAAACAAAGGGGGGAAGUGCUAUACACACACACCAUCUUUAUGGCGAAUAAUAAAUUCUAAAAUACUCGAAACUACAGAUAGACAGAUAGAUGUGUCCGGUCCUAUACUUCUGCUGUUCACACUAUACACUACUUUAAAUGACGAACCUUUCUAUCAAAUGCAUUCGACAACACGUAUCAUCAGGCUUGGCAAAGAAGUUCAUCUUCUUGUACCCAUUCACAACCACUUUAAUAUUCACAUCCCGGAUUAGAUCUAUUCCCACUCUGAGUCUGUUUUGUAAUUCGAACGCUGUGGUAGUUUAUACGAAGUUCUUCUUUAAAAAUCUUCUCGUGUUCACAUUCCCAGAACGCAGUGGUCGUGUAGGAAAUAGUUUGCGGUUCAUUGUUUAAUUGACGAAUAUUUGAAUGUUUCACUAACCAACAAACAUGGCGAUAGAACCACAUAAUGGCGCAAUUAUAAUCGAGACUUUACUCGGGUUUAGUAGGUAGUAUGGUCCACUAUGACAAUGAUCGUGUCAAACGAGGGUCAUUUUUCAAUAAAUUUUUGAGAUGGUCUUAGAGUAUCGGGAAACGUUUGAGGAUAGUUCAGUGAAUGUAUACUGGAGUGUUUUAACACCUGGCAUUGGUAGAAUAUUGUCAUACUGGCGAUGUAUGCUUGACAAGCUCCGGGGUAAAUUAAUAACAUUUUUGUCCGGCAUAACAUUGAGAAACUACUUUGGUGGAGAUGGAGAUCAUGAUGGACCCGUGAUUGGGACACAGGUGUUGUAAUUCCACCUGUGUCGUGCGGCUUCUGUGUAUUAGAAAAAGUUGUCAUAAAUCAGUAGAAGAAAGUGAAGAUAAACUGAAAAAUGUUGAAAAGGGAGAAGGAGAACAAGAAGAAGAAUAUAAAUAUUAUGAGAAAAAAAAAGAAGAAAAUAAAACUCUAUUUGCCUUGCGGGUCGGAGAGCCCGCCCUAACUGAAAAUAUAUUAAAAAUAUUGAAUCUAGAGUUAAAAUCACAGAUUAUUAUGUAUAAAGAGAAGCAUGACAUUAACAAAAUGAAGAAGAAGAAAAGAAAUUAAAUUUAUAUUUAGAGAACAGUGGCAUUAAAAUGCACUAGCCAUUUAUGACAUUCGUUUCAGUUUUAAGUAAAAUCGGUAAGCAGACCGAUUAAAUAACUUUAAAGAAAAAAAAUUUGAAAAAGGUAAAAAAGUAAAAUCGUUAAAACGAUCAUCGUGACCACUUGCAUUGUAGCAUUUUAUGUUUUCUUUUUCGUUUUAUUUUUCGUAGUAGUAGUAGGAACAAAUUUUGAUUGGCACGAACCAUUCCGAACCGGGAUUCUUUUUUUAUGGAAAUUAUUUUUUAAAAAUAAAUUUGUGUUAAAAAAAUGAAUAUAAAAUUGUAAAUAAUUGAGAGGACAUAAGAAGAAGAAGAAGAAAAUAUUUAUUCGCAUUUACCUUUAGAUAUCGCUAAUUUAAACAUUUUUUGUAAUUGUUUUCAUGCCAAAGGAACAUUAAUAUUCUAGUCGUUUUUAAGACACACACACAGAGAAAGAAAAAAAUGAACAAAAUUAGUCAAUGUUUAUAAAAUAUUUAUCUGACUUAAAACCAAUUUUUUUUCGUUUUUAAAUUAAUUUAUUUUAUUUUUUUCUAAUUUAUUUUAAUUUAUUUAAAUUAAUUUAUUGAUAACGCAGACACAUGCACGUACUAAGUAUAUAAGAGAAUUUCUUCUAGUCAGAAAUGAAGUCAACAAAAAUUUAUUUAUUUAUUUAUCUCUCAGAUUUAUUUUUAUUUUUUUUUAAUAUUUUUUCUUUAUUUAUAUGCACAUUCCAUUGCCUGAAAAAAAAAAUUAAAUUUAAAUUGAUUAAGUUAGUUAAGAAGUCAUUUCGUGUUUGUGGCACGUUGCUAAACUCUGAAUUAUUAAUUAUGUUCUCUCUGUUUUUAACAUUGGGUCAAGAUGUUUAGUCAUUUAAAAAAAGAAAACAAACAGACAACAGGAACAGCACAGUAUCGUUUUGUAGCUCAAAGAUAUUAAAACGACUGAAGUAGUAAAAUUAAAAAUUACUUGGAUAGGAGCAACGGUUCAAAAUAGAAAAUAGAGAAAGAGAAUACCGGAACAUCGGGCUGUAUUUAGUAUAAUUCUCAACAUUCAUUCAAUUUACUCGGAGAACGUUUGUGUGGAAAAAAUGACGAACUUUCUUAUACAUGGUAGAAAUAUGUAGAGCAGCACUCGCUCGCAGCAUUCUUGUUUAAUUUCACAGCAAACUUGUUAUAAUGUCACCACUGACCAGCGCUCCUCAUUUUGUUAAAAAAAAACUGUAACGAAAGUUUCAGUGGAAUAGCUUCGAGGUUCAUUCAUAUAAAAUGGAGGUCACUGACCAAAUGUGAUCAUUAAAAUGAACUUUUUUCAAAGAUUUGUAAUGGAUACGAAAAUCCUUUCCGAACAAAAAAUGUGCCGAAAAUUCACUGGAGGAGAAUUGUCAUUUUAAAUUUCUUUCCGGUCUGCACGUAUCCAAAGCAUCGAUAAUAGGUUUGUUCCAAGAAACUGUAAAGACGAAUUUUGACUGGCCGAACGAACACGAUUUCAUCCGGUUUUCAUAUAAAUAUCGAUGAAAUUUGACAAUUCACAUGGCCUUGGAACAGACCUAUAGUUUUUUACAGAGCUGGACUACGUACGUAAAUGGGUAUUUCGAAUUUAUGUUAUUUGGACGGUACUUUCGGUGAAAACAUAAAAUAUUAAAAUGUGUAUGGAUGUGUCUUGGGCACAAUAAACCUAGAUCCGAAAUUACCGGCCGACACUUAUAUCCCGCUAUUACGUAAAUACGAAAUGCUUAUUUACGUUUGAUUGUUUUCUCUAGGGUUGAAAGUGGUUUAUUACAAAAAGUAAAUUUUGAAAUUUUUCUCAUAUACGCAUCUGUUGCGGACGGUUUAUUUAAGGCACUUUAGCUUGUCAUCCUCGCUUCGUUCGGGCUACAACUCGUGUAUUUGCCUAAAAUCUUGCGUCCACAACAGAUACGUAAAAACCUAUUUACGUAAGCAAUUCAUCACUGUGACACAUCCACAUUUCAGUGAUCUGCAGAUUCCUCUUAAGGUAGUAAGGAAACUCAAGUUAGACUUCUAUUCGUGGCAAAUAUUAUUUGCGAGUGUAUCGAAAUAACGUCCUGGAUUCAGUUAUGCUCUUCUGCACACAGUAAAUGUUAAAAUCAUUCUUCCAAUGCAAACAACAACAAAAAAAAGAAAUAGAAAAGGAACGGUGUUGCGUCAAACGAAAUGACUUCAGAUAGCGUUAAUGAAAUAUUAAAUUAAAUUAGCAAAUUCAUAAAAAAAACGGCAACAUUACAAACACAACAAACAAAAAGUGAAAAGAAAUUUGAAGAAAAUUUCAAGUCAGAAAUACUCGUAAAUAAUAAAUGAAAAAUCUUAGUUACUUAAUUUAAAAAUGAAAAGAAAAAUUAUUCAUAAAAAAAUAUUACGGGCGUAUAAGUCUUAAAAGAGAGAAAGGGAAAAGAAAAUAAUUUUAAAAUAAAACAAACAAAAAUUAAUAAAUGAAAUGAAAUGAAUUACAAACAAUUUAUCGAAUACAAAAUAUUGCAUAAUGGGCAGAGUGGAACAUCUGCCUGGUGGGAAAGUGUGAAAUUUGCAUUGAAUUCAUUAUGCAGAGGUUAUUUUACUCACGGUCAAUGUGGAGCAACAAAAGUACGCAUUCUGUCUGUCAGAAUGACGAUUUCUUUUUUAAAUAAAAUUAAUUUAAUUCAGACUCCUCAUCGAUUGCUUCUAUUCACUAGGAAUAGUGUUGACUGACCGACAUUUUCGUAUACGUUAUUUUAUUCGCUACAGACUUCACACACAAAACGAAAGUUUAUUUUGACAAUUGAAACAUUUUGUUUUUAAAUAAAUUUAAUUUAAAUUAAAACAAUUUCGUUUUUUCGCAUGGAAAAAUUCUUAUUUGAAAUGUGUGGAUGGAAAGCUAAGAUGACGAACAAUGGCCGAAUUAAAGCAAUAUAAUUAUAAAGAAAAACCGGAAAUGUAUAUGAAAAAUAAAAUAAAUUUAAUCAUUUCACCCUGUGCAAAAGAAGAGGAUUAGCAAAACGAAAAAAAAUAAUAAAAAAGAGGAGAGAAAUCUGUAAAAAGUAAUUUCAUCUGACAAAAUGAAUAUAAAAAAUAGCGACAACAGAAAGUAAAUAAAAAAUGGAACAAGAAAAAAACCAAAAAUAUAUUUUUCGUUAUAUUCAAUGCAAUAUUUUCCGUUUAAUUUCUUAAACAAAAAGCAUAAUGUAAAAUGUAAAAUUAGAAACAUAAAAUCAUUCAAAGCAAAAUAGGAUAUAGAAAAUGUAAGAAAAAUUAAUUUAAAUGAAAAAAAAGAAGAGAACUAUUUGUAGUUUGAUUGAUUUGCACCUGCACCUUAAACAGAAGAAAAGAAAUAUUAAAUAAAUUAAUACAAAA